CUUCGCAUUUUACCAGAACUUUUAAAAUAAAAUUGUUUGGUCAUUGUUUAGCUAUAAAAAAUCUGGUAAAUGAGGAAAUUAACUUCACUCUACAUGUAACAAUCCAGUUAACAUACGUUUGCCUGGAAGAAAUUGCUUCUUAGCGAUAAGGCCGCCAUUUGUACUAUAAUGUAAUAGUCUUAAUUAAUUGUAAUUUACAAUCUCAUGGUGUACAAUAAAGUUAUUCAUUCAUUCAUUCAAAUUAAUGGCAUUUUGUAAUUAAUUAUUUGCAAGCAAAUACAAACUUAAAACAGGCUGAAAGCUAUAUUUAAGUUUCACUUUAAAUCGAAAUGUAUCGCUCAUUAUAAAGCUUAUUAGUAAGUUUUUGAGUCAUAAUAUUCAGCUAGACAAUCGGUUAUCAUUUCAAAUAGUUAGAUAUAUUACAAGUAUAACAACAGCAUUAUAAAAUAGGAAUAUAAAACAGCAGAGCUAAGUCAAUAAUUUGAAGGUAAUCAUUAAUAUUGCACUGCAAAGGAAGACGUUAGGAACUUCCUCCGUUAUGUGGCUUACAAAAUCAGAGUCAGUAAGAAACAAAUAUAAUUUCAGAAUUCACUGACCCGUAUAGGCUUCGCGGAGCCUAAUAACAUUGACCGCUCACUAGGUUGUGCAAGCAUUUCUUCCCAGCACAGACUUGGCACAGUGCAUGCAACCGCGAGACAGCGCGCGCGCACCCAUCGCGCCCUAUACUUCGAUCAAGGAUCGCACAGUGAUAAGUGAUAACAGUGAAAGUGAGAAGAUAUUAGUUAUUUUAAACGGAGAAAAGCAUGCAGUGAUCCACCAUGGGUAUACUAACUAUUGUCACGACAGCUGCAAAAUCCGCGCUGACCAUCGCCGGGAUUAGCAAGCUCGCAUUCAUCCCGGUUAUGCUGGCAGCCAUGGCGUACUUUAACUAUGACCUCGUUGACCCGGAGAAUCGGCCCUUCAAUCAGAAGCAGCUAAGAGAGAAAUACGACUUCAUUAUAGUUGGCGGCGGAUCAGCAGGAUCAGUGCUAGCCAACAGAUUAACAGAAGUCGAAGGUUGGAAUGUGCUACUAUUAGAAGCCGGAGGUCAUGAGACGGAGAUAAGCGAUGUGCCUUUGCUGUCACUAUAUCUGCACAAGAGCAAACUCGAUUGGAAAUAUAGGACAGAGCCACAAGACACAGCAUGUCAAGCGAUGGUAGAUAAACGAUGCGGCUGGACUAAAGGCAAGGUCCUGGGUGGGUCAUCGGUGCUCAACACGAUGCUCUACAUACGAGGGAACAAGCGUGAUUUCGACCAGUGGGAGGCGCAAGGAAACCCUGGUUGGGGCUACGAGGAUGUGCUGCCGUAUUUCAAGAAGUCGGAAGACCAAAGAAAUCCAUAUUUGGCUAAAGAUACAAGGCAUCAUGGUACAGGUGGAUAUCUGACAGUUCAAGAUUCACCUUACAACACUCCAAUUGGAGCUGCUUUCCUUCAGGCCGGAGAAGAAAUGGGCUAUGACAUCUUGGACGUCAACGGCGCGCAGCAGACUGGCUUCAGCUGGUACCAGUUCACUAUAAGGAGAGGAACUAGAUGUUCCGCCGCUAAGGCCUUUUUGCGACCAGUUAGACUGCGGCAAAAUCUCCAUAUAGCUCUCUUUUCGCACGUUACCAAAGUGCUGAUUGAUAAAGACAGUAAAAGAGCAUAUGGCGUUGAAUUCAUCAGAGAUGGCACACAUCAAGUGGUCUACGCAACCAAGGAGGUAAUAUUAUCAGCUGGAUCUGUCGGCUCUCCACAACUACUUUUACUGUCUGGCGUUGGCCCAGAAGAUCAUUUAAGAGAAGUCGGCGUUGAUGUAAUACACAAUUCUCCUGGGGUAGGAAGAAACUUGCAGGAUCACAUAGCAGUCGGUGGUUUGGUAUUUCAAAUAGACUAUCCAAUUAGUUUAGUAAUGAACAGAUUAGUUAAUAUAAAUUCGGCUUUAAGAUAUGCAGUAACAGAAGACGGUCCCUUGACUUCAAGUAUAGGUUUAGAAGUGGUAGCUUUUAUAAAUACUAAAUACGCCAAUUCCUCAGAUGAUUGGCCUGACAUUGAAUUUAUGAUGACGUCAUGUUCAGUGCCUUCAGACGGUGGAACACAAGUAAAGAAGGCCCACAGUCUCACAGAUGACUUUUAUGAAGAAGUAUUUAGAGAAGUAACGAACAAAGACGUGUUUGGUAUCUUCCCUAUGAUGCUUCGUCCAAAGAGUCGAGGAUUCAUAAAGCUCCGAUCUAAAAAUCCUUUGGAAUACCCCAUUAUGGUACAUAAUUACUUGACACAUCCAGAUGACGUGGGAGUUUUGAGAGAAGGAGUUAAAGCUGCUGUUGCUGUAGGAGAAACACAGGCUAUGAAACGGUUUGGGGCUCGGUUUCAUAGCAAACCACUUCCGAAUUGCAAACAUUUGCCUCUGUUUACGGACGAUUAUUGGGACUGUUUGAUUCGUCAGUACACUAUGACCAUUUACCAUAUCUCGGGAACGACAAAAAUGGGUCCUUCUAGUGACCCAAUGGCAGUACUUGAUCCACAGCUACGAGUGUAUGGAAUAGAAGGCUUACGAGUAAUUGACGCAAGUAUGAUGCCUACAAUAACAAACGGCAAUAUUAACGCUCCCGUUAUGAUGGUAGCUGAGAAGGGAGCUGAUCUGAUAAAAGAAACAUGGAUAACGAGUAAGCGAAAGAGAAGAUCUUUAAAAUGCGCAAAAUUCGACCUGUCAGGAAAUAGUAAGAAUGACAGUCAAUGUAGAACGAAGAGAUGACGCAAUAUUUAAGUAAAAUAUCGAUAGGCCAUAUGAUUUUAACAAUAAAAAAUAGAGCUUCAAGAUGAUGAACUAAGAAAUAUAUACCAAUGAAAAGUUGAAGCUUUAUUUUUUGUUGUAUUUAAUAAAAUGUAAAUAUUACUUCAUAUAAAUGUGGAUUACUGUAUAGUUACCAAUCUAGUCUCUUUAUCACAAAAUACAACUACAAAUACUUAUAGUGGAUGGGAUAAUGAAUAAUUUUGACGUAAGUUUUGUAAAGUGAUAAAAUUAAUUGUGUUGUUAAGUUGUAAUUUUUCUACACAUUGCACUAUUACAUCUUAAAGCAGCUAUAUGAGCCAUCAGAUUCCAUUAAAGUAGGUGUUAUCAGUUUUUCUCCGAUAGGAAUAGAACUAGAUGAUACCAACCUUGUAGACAGAACCAAGAUAUUUUAUUGAGAAGCUUUAAGUGUUCAGUAACUUUUUGUAAAAGCUAUCAUGAACAUAGCGAGAAAGUGCAGUUAUAUCGAUAUGGAUAGGCAGAGCUAACUGUUUUUAAGCUUUGAAUGGAUUACUAUAAGAUUCACAAUCUAUAGAAAAACUCUGUCAGUUUAACUUCACUUGAUGUAUGGCUUUCCGUGCAUGCCUAACGCCUGGCUGCUACCACAUACAGAUGUUGAAUUCUAUCAGUUUUGCUGAAACAGUAGUACCAGGUUUAGCUUUUAUUAGAGCAACCACGAUGGUAGAUUUCCAUAGGUUAUAAGAAAUUAUUAGGUGUCUUAGAAAUCCGUUACUAGCGUUAUUGUGUUUAUAAUAGUUCGUAUGAUGUUUUUAUAAGUAUACUCAUAAUAUUAUAGUAAGCACAUCGGGUUACUACAAAAUAUAUGUUUUAUUCAAUCGAUUAUGAUUCUUAUAUUAAAGGUCUAUGUAAUAAUGUAUUAAUGGUAGAGAUAUAAAAAAGUGACAAUGAAUGAGCUUGCUUCUAUACCGAAAUUGGUUUUAAGGUCAUUGUAGACAUAUAAACUCAGAAAGGGAUCGUCAGCUUGUCCCGAGGCGAGGUGAUAACGUUACGAUUCCGAUUAGUAUGCGUUGCAGUAGCGUGUUUUACAAAAAAAUAACGACGGGUUGCACUCCGGGAGUGCCGGCAGAAGUGAAAACUUGAAUAUUAACUUUAUUAAUUUUUGAUAUUUUGGAAUGGUUAGGGAAUAAUUUUGAACGAAUUGCUUUAAUUAUCAGUAUAAAAGUACUAUCAUUUAUGUGGUAAAAUAUAAUAUUUAUUUAUUGCGCUAUCGUACACAAACAUAACAAUUUAUAUUACAUUAAAAAGUUAAUCUCUCAUAAAAAUCAACUUACAUGAAUCACAUUUAAGCGCACCUAGCGACAGCUGUUGUAAAAAAAUGCAUUUUCUUCGCAAUAAAUCUGCCACCUGGACGUCCUAGAUAGAGAUUUAUUAUUUUAAUACGAUAAAAUAAAAUAUUACUAUGUUUCGUCCAAUAUAUUGAAAGUCAACAAACUUUCUAAUUUUAUUGUUUUCGCCUUACGCCACGUGUCCUGACGCGAGCUUAACAUUUUUUACCCAUUACAAAAAAAGUGUACAACGUAAGAAGUUUUCACUUCAAAAUACUGAACGUCUUGAGUUGAUACGGUGACGAUCCCUUACAGAGUUGAUAUGUCUGCUGGUACAAUUUCGCAAUGGGCUGCAGGCGACAACCGCAGGCGACACAGCGGCUAGCGCCUGCGGCGAGACUACUAGUUUCUAUUAAUCUCUAUGAAAGUGAUUCCGAGUGCUGCCCAAUGCAUAUAAUGCACGGUCAAUCGCAGGCGCCUAGCCUCGCCGGCAGCCCAUUGCGGAAUUGUAACUUUAAGCUAAAAGUUUAGUAUUCACUACCAAGCACAGUAUCAACAAUAAUAGACUUUGCUUUAAGCGUAAAUAUAAACAGUGUCACCAAUGUUGAGUUAAAUAAUGUUACAUUUACAUAGAUAAAACCUGUUUUAUUAUUAUUUAUUGGGGUCUUUUAAUGUAAAAAAAUAAUACACCAAAAGAUUUAAGUUAUAUUACACUAUUUUUAUGUCGAAUGAGGAAUGCAAAAAAACAUGUAGCGUAUGAAAAGUAAUUUUUACUACCUCAUAUUGGUUUUGAUGAUAUUGUCAAUUGACGACGAAUUUUACAUUAAGGAUUUGUUUCUAGAAAUAUAAAGAAUAAGUGUUUGUUACAAACAUUUGUGUUUGGCAGUGAUAUUCUGUAAACUUUUUAGGCGCGGAUAUAUUGGAACCGCAUGGAUCCGAUGCGGAUCCGCGAGUGAAAAUUUUACAGAAUAUCACUGCAGCCUUAAAAUAACUUACCACUUUUUUUAGGAGGAGAUUGUAAAUAACCUACCACUAUUAGGAAAAUAUACACGACAAUAAUAAAAUAACAUACCUACUUAUUAAAUUAAAUAAAAAAAUCUCC